AUGCAAACAGAAGUACAUGAGGGCUUGUGUGAAAGUUAUUUUUCUCUUGCUGAACUACAAAGACAUAGAAUCAAGCUGCUGCUUCUGGAUAUACUGGUUUUUAUUUCUUUCUUUCUUCUCUUUUUCCUAUUUCUUGUGGAUAUUAUGGCUAAUAACACAACAAGUUUAGGAAGUCCAUGGCCAGAAAACUUUUGGGAGGACCUUAUAAUGUCCUUCACAGUAUCCAUGGCAAUUGGGCUCAUAAUUGGAGGAUUUAUUUGGGCUCUGUUUGUGUGUCUGUCUAGAAGAAGAGCCAGUGCACCCAUCUCACAGUGGAGUUCCAGCAGGAGAGCUAGGUCAUCUUACACCCAUGGCCUCAACAGAACUGGAUUUUACCGCCACAGUGGCUGUGAACGCCGAAGCAACCUCAGCCUGGCCAGUCUCACUUUCCAGAGACAAGCUUCCCUGGAGCAAGGAAAUUCCUUCCCAAGAAAAUUAAGCUUCAGGGCUUCUACUUUUCAUCCCUUUCUGCAAUGUCCACCACUUCCUGUGGAAACGGAAAGUCAGCUGGUGACUCUCCCCUCUUCCAAUACGUCUCCUGGCAUCAACACUUGCCACAGUCUGAGCCGUCCUGACCUCCACUGGUCCACUAACAGUCUUCGAGUUGGGCUGUCAACACCGCCCCCACCUGCUUAUGACUCCAUCAUAAAGGCAUUCCCAGAUUCCUGAGGAGGGUACUUAGGGGUUUUCUUUCUGUCUUGUCUUGUCUUUUAUGGAAUGGACGAUAUAAAUACGCUAAACAGAAUUUCCAGGGCAUGACUCAAACAACUAAGAAUUUCAAGUUGAAAUACAUCCAUGAAUGUUAGACAUUACAAUGUAAAGCAAAUUGUCUUCGAAUAUGAUUUUUCCUUAUGUCUCAAAAUGUAUGUUUUCCCAAAUAGUUAUAUAUUUAUGUAUUUGUAUUCAAUAGGAGGCUUAUAAAAGAUAAUCACUCUAAUCUGAGAAUUAGCUAUGAGGCAGUAUGUAUAUUUUUGAUUAAAAGAGAUAUUUGUGGUUUACAAUCCUCAUUCACAUUCCAACAUGACUA